AGAGCUGGCCAAGAAGAUGACCCACUCUAAAGCCCAGAAGAAUCACUGCGCUGGAAUGGGAGUCGGAGUUGGGAAGACCUGCUCAAGCCAGGCACAAAAUGGCAGCAACGGAGCAGGCCUCGUCCUGCUGGACUGUCAAAACCUCCAGGAAUAUCCGCAGUCUCAGCUAAUCGACCACGCUGGCCGACGGCGCCUUCAGCAGGGAAAAAUGGCUGCCCUUGACUUUGUGAAUCGCAGGUCAGGAUCAGGGUACGACGAAGGCAGAAACUCACUUAAGAGGCUCUUGAAUAAAGCUGAAGAUUUAGGAAUGGGAGACAGUCACGAGCAAGACGGCGAUGCAGCAUAUCCACGUUCCCCCUCUCCUCGUUCUGCCUCCCCGCCUUCACCUGUGUCCUUUUCGCCUCCACCAUCAGCCCCAAGCACACUCAUCAAACCGAAACCUUGGCAGAGAGACAGGGAGGGAGGACACUCGCUGCCAACGGCUCAGUCUCUUCACCUGGCCCUCAACUCCUUGAACAGAGAGCAAGAUGAGGAGAACAGCAGAAUGCACUUGUCUCUGCCGCUCUCCUCGUCUUUGCCAGCUUCUCUGUCUGACGAGAGUUUGAUGACUCCCGACGCAGAGAACGCCGUGGUUAGUGCCAUCCUACCCUUCCUGUUUCUGGGGAACGAGAGGGACGCCCAGGACCUGGACCUGCUGAUGCGCCUCAACAUCGGCUACGUGGUUAAUGUGACUACUCACCUGCCCCUCUAUCACGUCAACUCUGGACUUCGCUACAAAAGGCUGCCUGCCACUGACAACAGCAAGCAAAACCUUCGGCAGUACUUUGAGGAGGUUUUUGAGUUCAUUGAGGAGGCAUAUCAGAGUGGACAGGGAGUGCUGGUGCACUGCCAGGCCGGCGUGUCCCGUUCUGCAACCAUCGUCAUCGCCUACCUUAUGAAGCACACCCUCAUGACAAUGACAGAUGCCUACAAAUACGUGCGAAGCCGGCGCCCAGUGGUGUCCCCCAAUCUCAACUUCAUGGGCCAGCUCUUGGAGUUCGAGAGGGACCUCAACUCGGGCGUGACUCCUCGGAUCCUGAUGCCUAAACUUAAUGGCGUUGAGACGCAGGUGUGAGAGAGGUCAGCAAUCAGGUGCAUGCAGGUUAUCUGUACCACAGAUCAAGACACACAAGGUUUAAGUGGCAUUAAGAAGUGUAGCACAUUUUCUGAAGACAGACAUGAUGAGAAAUCUCACAACUGGAAAACUGGUUUGGCAAUUAGUGCACUUUUAAUACUGUGAAAUACGAGACAAAGACUGGAUGUGUCGUUAGUAUAAGUAGUAACUCUUAGACAACAAGAGCUUCAUCCAGUAAACUGUUUAUAAGAUAAUGUGCCAAUAUUUUGAAUAGACCUAACAUCACUCUCAUAUACUGUAUACCAUUUCCUUUUUUUGUAAUGCCUCAUCCUUUUGGUCCUUGUUGUUUACAUUCACAGCAGCACACAGACAUUACAUCGAUGCAUGCAGCACAGGAACGCAAACAGCGAGCGGAUCACUGUUAAUGUUCUACUUUAUCUACAACAACUCUCUCAAGUUCCUGCCAUAUGUAGCAAACACACAGGUUAUAACAGUGCACUUUAAAUACCAUAAAUCUGUUAAGGAUGUGAAGAAUUUGUCACACAGACCUCAGUUACUGUUUGGGUUACUAUUAUCAUGUGUGUGUGUGUGUGUGUGUGUGUGUGUGUGUGUGUGUGUGUGUGUGUGUGUGUGUGUGUGUGUGUUUUUGAAGCUGUGCAAUAGAGAAGCAUGGACCUAGUUGUUGGUAGCAUAAAUUGAGUAGCAUUUACCCUGGUUUUACAAAAGUGACAAACAGCUCAUGGAAAUGAGUAACACUGGGUUCAUUUCAGGGAAGCAACCCUUUAAAUGGACCAAGAAAAGGUUUGAUCAUUCUGUGCACCUUUUUGAGUUAGGCACUCACAGUACAAAAACUUCCAUCUUUUUUUCAAACUGCAGGUUGAGGCUCUGAUUCAGAUUUUUACUGCAAAACUGAAACAAUAACUCAUCAAUACCGUCAGAGAUUGUUUUUAUGCAACACUAUGAUUAACAGUAUUCAACCAGAGGAUUGGGGGAAGCAAAACAACAGACCUUCUCCAACUGUGCAUCAUUUAUUUUCUGCCUAAUUCAGAAGGGAAAAUGAUGAUUUUGUUUUUAUGCAAUUUUGUGUAAUAAUCUUGUUCUUGUUUGGUGUUUAGCAUGUAUCAGUCCUGUACAGGUGCACAGACAGAAACGUCCUGACAUUUAAAGUGCACAUGAUGGUUUGAUUGAUUAGAGAUGACACCGUUACAUUUCACAUCCUGUUUAACCCUUUCUGGAAACACAGAGCCAAACUACUCUUCAUUUUUUUGGGUGUAGACAUUGUGUCAAACUAAAAGCUUUGAUUUUGUUUAUUUUUUUACCUCUCAUGAAAGAAUGAAGAUGUUGUCCCCAUGAUAUCAAAAUGGUAUCAUGAUACCAAUUUGAAAAAAUAUAGUAGCAUAGCUUGAGUUAUCUUAUCUUAAUCAUCCCGACUCUGAAAGCCAAAUCUACUUUAUAUUUAAUCAUUUUGAUACUUUUUGAAGGAGUUGGAAAACAACCGUUUUUCAGAGAUGAUGUUAAAGUGAAUAAUUCAAGGUCUUUACCCCUAACCAUUCUUUUGCCUUAUUGUCUUUACUAAAGUCCUGAACUGUGGCCCUCAUGACUAUGCAGUCGUUUUCAAAUGAAGGCUUUUGUUCGAUUAGAAAAGGAUACAUGAUUCACUGUGAACUCUCCACUUAGUACACAAUAAGUUACAUCUGAAGGUCAUCACUAGGCUGAAGGAGAUACUUGAAGAGAGAAAAUCCUGUGCAUUACACUUGCUUAGCGUCACAAUGUUUUGGUCCCUCUGGACCUUUGUCAAGUGUGCUCUUUUCUCUUCUCUCUUUUCAAGGCUAUAGUUUAAUGUCCUGCACCUACUUCAUGAAACAGUUGGAUGUGCAAACACCUAAUUUAAAGCAUUCAAAAGAUACCUACAAUAUGAAUAUUGCUGGACUUCUUUCUGCACUAGAGGCUCAUAAAUCAGCUCUGAUGUGUGCAAAGUCAGAGCAGAGUGUGAUCUUUGUUGUGCGACAACAAGCUCUCGUAUUUGUGUCUGUAAAACAAUGUGUGAUGCAAACUGCCGUUUAUCUUGCUUUGGCUUGCAGGAUUUUCAGUGCAUCCAACCUUUCUCUUCCUUAUAUAUCAGUGAAUUCACUGUGUGGGAAAGAAUCAAUGAUUGAUGGAGAACUGAUGUUUUGUUAUGUGUCAGAUGGAGACCUUUUUUUGCACAUUUUGUAACAUACUGUUUAAAUAUGCAUGAGUUAGCAACAUUUGUAAAGAAAGAUUCAGUUACUGUAUGCAAGAGUGUUGUAAGGGGGGGGGGACACAUUUGUGUUAUUUUUGUGUUUUUUUCAAAUGCAUGGUUGUGCAGUCUGAGAGGGCGUGUUACCAGUGCAGAGAUUCAGCACACUUUGAAGAGGGGAGGUACUGUAUAUGCCCACUCAAAUCCAAACAAAUUCAGAGUACAUGUAGCUGAAUAAAUCUGAGCUAGAGAUGACAAGCUUUGUUAGUAUUUUCUUUUUUUUUUUAUGUUUCGUGUCAAAAUUGCCCCUUUCCACAUUUUGAGUCCUGAUUUAAAAAAAAAAAAAACAUGUGUCUACAACCGAAAUGCCUUCAGUUUAGCCUUGUGUCGUUUAAUCCUCCCUUGGUGCCAUAUAAAGUUAAAUGAUUUUGAAUUUUGCUCUCUGGGUUAAUUUUUUGGCUGAGUGACUUUGAUAAAGGCUAUAUAUUUUUCUACAAUCAGACUUCUUCAUCGUGUUAGGAUGCACAGAUACUAUAACUGUGUAUAUGCAGAUUUCUUUUUUUUUUUUCUUUUUUUUUUUUUACAUGGAGCUUUGUUUUGUAUGAAAGCCCACAUGGGCAGAAUGACAUCUUCCAACCGUGCAGUGAUAAUAGGAAUAUUCAGCUAUGCUGUACAUCUCAUACAGUUUCACUGUUAUCAGACCUCACAGGGUCAACAUACCGUACUCCUGUUCCUCGCCUUCAUUUCAGCUGGAGAAGCAAAACAUGCUGUUCACUCCUCCAGCCUCUCCAGCUCCGGUCACAGUAGGUGUAGAAUUAACCUUUGAAGAGGGCCUGUUGUUAUUGCUCCUUGAUUUUUAUACAUACUUUAUAUGCAAACUGGCUGUUAAAGGUUCUCUUUAACUCCACACUGUGCCGAUCUGCUGUGCAGUUGAGUCAGUGCCGACCUUAGUCGUUUGUACUUGAGAGACACAUCGAAAGAAACAGAACAUUUUCUCUUGAACUCCUAUAAACUGAAGAGCCAGUGUCUCUGUGAGUGUGUUUAAAAGAUCUUCUGCCUGUGUAUUACACUUGAGAAGAACUGUAUUAAUGAAGAGGACGUUGUAUAUGUGUGCAUUGCUUAUUUGUGGGACCUGAGUUAUUCCUGUUUGAAUUUUAUUGCUCAUUUUUAAACAUUGUGUUAUUCCCUGUACCAAAUAUUGAACUGUAGGAUUCAUAGGAAUGAUGAAAAAAAAGCAGAUCACCUCCUUCCUUUCUAUUGGGGGGUAAGAACUCUUCAGGUAUGAUUCUUGUUGUAAAGCUGUGCUGUUUCACCCUGCCGCCUCACCUCCUCCAGAGACCCAAAAUACUCAUGUAAUCUAACCUGUGAUGCUCUCCUGCUGUCCUCUUCCUUUUCAUAAUGGAUUGUUUCUCUUAAGUGAAUCCAGUAUUUUCAUAUUGUAGUAACUGUACUUUGUAUCUAGACAAAGUUUUUACCUUUCACGCACUGUGACUAAUACAAUGCUGCUAUAUCACAUCGCUAUGGGUGACUGAUACAAAGUGGGCUUGAAUUCAGUAGCCGUGCUUACAUUGUUUUCAAUUCAAUCCAGACUUUAUUGUGCUUCCUCUGCAGUGUUUUUAAUCUCAGAGCAAACUGUGUGGGACCUCGAGCUGCUCCUGUGGGUCUUGAUCUAGAAGCUGAUAGAAAUGAGGCAAAAUGUAGCAGAAGCAUUUGUUCAAAAGACUAUCUGAUUACUCACUGUGGUUCAAUAAAGCGGUGGAGUUGCUUUUUCUUUCAAUUGUUAAUUCGGCAGAAUUGUCCUUGUUUAGAGUUUAAUACUUGGUUUAAGUUAAACACAGUAUAUGACAUAUAAACAGCAAAUAUGGGACAUUUUAAAACCCAAUCUACACUUUGUCCUGAAGUGACAAAACAGUUUAAACAUGAAUCUUGUAACUAUUGAAAAAGUGCAUGUGUAUAUGCUACAGGGAAUACAUGUGCAGUUUACUAAUGUCUGCUUUAAGGUUUACAACUCCUAAAUCAUUUAAAGAAAUGUAAACAACACUAGCGACAUGGCUCUAUAGGGAUGCCGAUGGUUGUUUGUUGGUUGACUCCUGACUGAGAUUUACAACAUGUGCAAACAUGUUUUGUUUUAGAGUAUAAUCCUACAGUCCAAGAUGACUUCCUGUCUAUUUCUGUUGCACCAUCAUGAGGUUGACUUUUAUUUUUCAUUCAAUAAUCUUGACAACUUGUGGAUGGAUUGUAAAAACAUUUUUGUAAAGACAUUCAUGAUCCAAAGAGGUUGAGUUCAAAAACGUAAUUCUUCCGAUCUACUGUCUGGUGUCACCGACAGAUUUUACCUGCUAAACUAUUGACAUCCCUAUUAGCCUUUAGCUCUACUUUUUUUUUUUUUUUUUAACUAAUUUGCUAACGUUAGCAUGCUAACAAUAAUUAUAACUAUAACAGUAAAUACUGGCUUAACAUCAAAGUGCUAUCAUCACCGCUGUGCACAUGUUAGCAUCCUGACAUCAGUAUUCAGCUCUAAGCACCGCUGUGUACGUCCUGAUCGGUUGUACAGUAUUAUAAUGUGCUUCUGUCAAUGAAUUCUAACAUGUAAAUUAACAUUUCCAUGACACAAAUCUGUUCAAAUGUACACACACAACCUGUAGCCUGCAUGUUUCAGUCAGAAAUGUUCAUUUGAGUUUAGCCUAGUCAUAUAACACUGCUUUAUUUUCAUAAAGAUACACAAUCAACAAUCUACCAGACAGAAAUAUUUCAUUCAUUUGACAAAAACAUUUAGUCUAAAGUCAAAUGCAUCUGUUGCUGAAACUAGAUUGACAAAGUGAAUACCUGACAACAAUAACGCUGUUCAAAUGUCCGUGAUACAAAGGUUUUAUCCCGUACUUUUUAGAAAGAGAAACUUAACUGUGAAACAGCCAAUGCUAACCAUUCAGAGCUGGAUUCAUUUGCCUCCUUCUACAAGAAAAGAUAUACUUACUGCUCUGUGUGAGUAACAACCUCAGUUCACACCUGUACUUUCUCUUCUAUUUCUUCCAUGUCUGAUUAGCAGCAGCUGCAGCAGCAGAUAAAACCAGUCCCUGUGUGGGCUUGAUUUCCUAUCAAGUGAUUUCCAUUGCUGUCUUGUCUUCUUUUAUGUUGUUUUAAGCUGAAUAUGAUAAUGUUACCUUAAAGCAUCCCACAGUGUGCUGUUCAGAACCUGAUGGCUGGAUUGUGAAGUUGUUCUCCAUGUUCAUUUCUAGUUAAAACACUGGAACUGGCUCUUUUAAUAAAAAAAAAAAAAAAAAAAACUGAAUUGUUA